AUGGACUUAAUUUUUGGAAAUAGGAGAGCGGCACAGCAAAGAGAAGAAGAACGAAACAGGCCGACAGAUAUAAUUUAUGGGCAUCAAGAUUACGGAUAUGAAGGACAAGACUUGCCUCAAGGCUAUUUGUACCCUGAUGAUGAAAAUUAUACAAGAAAAGGCAAAUUAAUUGUUCCAGCCCAACCUUUAGGUCCUGAACUUCCUCCUAUCUCACAAGAAAACUAUGACCCUGAAGCAGAGCUAGCUUCAUUUUUAUAUACAGGUGUUGCAGGACAGAUAGAAAGCGGACAAAUACAUAGAACUGACUUGCUUAAAAUCAAAUAUACAUUUGUUGCGGGGUCAGAAUGAGAAUUAAUUUAUGGCGAUGGCAAAGGUGAGUCCCAAUAUGCUAGAAAAACCACAGGAAUAGGCGAAACUACCUGAAAUUUAUCCUUUGAUGUAGGCUAUAGAUCACUUUCUCCUGCUGGCUGGCCACAACUUGUGAUAGAACUAUUAGGGCCUAGCUAUUCUGGCGGAGAAACACUCAAAGGAUAUGGGUGCAUCCAUAUCCCUACAUCUCCUGGCCGCUAUGAAAGGUUCGCAAGAAUUUUUUGCCCAGUCAGAGAAACCUGGUGAACUUGGCUAAAAGGUAAACUUUUUGGCCCAGACUGCGACCUUGCUGAAGAGCCAUCUGAAAUUGCAUCAGGAGAAGGCCGAGAAGUAACCUCCGUCUAUUACAUAGGAAACAUAAAAAUUAUUUUUGAAGUGAUUCAGCGAAAUAUGGCAAGAUUUGGGUAUAAAACCUAUUAA